UAGCUCGGUGGACGCCGAACAGUGCGGUCGUGUUUUACGCUCGGGCAGACAACAUAAACUUUUCACGGCACUUCGAAGAAGAAACAGAUUAAAAGUUUACCGCCCUCAUAAUCACUGCUUCGCGUGUGUUGGAUGUUAUCCAGUGAUGGUUAACGAUGUGUUUCGUUCCUUAAAAUGUAUUUGUCGAAGUGUUUUUUUUAGUUUUCAUGUCGGAUGAACUUAUCAUUAUUUAAAUGCCGCAUAUUUUAAAUACCAUAUUGUAUUUCUACUUUGGUGGCUAAUCUAAUUGAAUUAUUUAUUUUAAAUACAUAGAAAAAGAUCCGUAAAUUGUGAUGUUAUUUUUUAACUUUUGGCGCCCAACGUGGGACUAUAAACAGUUUAUUUUCUAACUACCUUCUUAAUACUUGAAAAUGAUUGUGUGAGACUAGGACUGCAUAAACUAAAAAACUAAGUGAAUUAUUUAUAAGAUGAACUUUGUUUACCAAUUUGGAAUUGGCAAAAUUAUCAAAAUGUUUCUUGUAUUUCUCAUAUUGGAUUGGUUGUUUGCACAAAGCAUCGUCGCCACUAUACACGAACCUGGUUUCAGCGGUCCUAUAGAAAACAUAACGGCGCCUCUGGGAAGAGAAGCGAUACUCGCUUGUUCAGUUCACAACUUGUCCUCAUAUAAGGUGGCGUGGUUACGGGUGGACACGCAAACCAUCCUGACCAUCCACACCCACGUCAUAUCCCGGAGCAGGCGGGUGGGGGUGACGCACAGCGACCUCAGGACCUGGUUCCUGCACAUCCGGGAACUGCGAGAGACGGACAGGGGCUGGUACAUGUGUCAGAUCAACACUGACCCCAUGAAGAGUCAACUGGGGUACCUGGAUAUUGUAGUUCCGCCGGAUAUCCUGGACCGAGGCACGAGCGCCGAUCAGACAGUGCGUGAAGGCGAGCCUGUCAGUCUUACGUGCGCUGCCAACGGGUCACCACCUCCACAGAUAAUAUGGCGACGGGAACAUUCUAAACCUAUAACUCUUUCUGAUGACGUUCACGUGACGUCAUUGGAGAGCCCUGUGCUAAAUAUAAGUCGAGUGAGCCGGCAACAUGCAGGAGCCUAUCUGUGCAUAGCGUCCAAUGGAGUGCCCCCGACAGUCAGCAAAAGGAUUAUGUUAACUGUUGAAUUUCCACCGGUAAUUGUUAUAAGAAAUCAACUGGUAGGCGCGACGUUGGGGUCAGAUCUGGUGUUGGAGUGUGAAACUGAAGCUUACCCGAAGCCAGUGAGCUACUGGAGCAGAGACAACGGUGAAAUUGUUCCUAUAGGAGGUAGUUUGGAGCCGCAAAAGAUUGCUGGAUCGUAUCGUUCGAUACUUCGGCUGCCUAUAAGAAGAGUGACUGGUUCAGACUACGGCUCAUACAAGUGUGUGUCCAAGAACUCCUUGGGUGACACCGAAGGCACCAUCAAGUUAUAUCCUAUGCAGCCACCUGCGUUGGAAAAUAGAAAUGCAAUUCAAAAACUAAAUAUAGUGGCGGGGAAAUCUUCGGAAAGCACACCGUUUGGUACACAAGAUUUUAGAUUACAAGACUUCAACAAAGCAGUGCCGAGGGAUCGCUUUUGUUAUAACUUGUUAUUUUUAUUAAUUAUCUUAAUUAAGGUAGUUGUAUCGUAAUACCUUUUGUUAAAUACUUAUUCAAGGUUUGAUUAAGUUAAUAAUUAUAAAGAUGGAAUGUUUUAUAAUAUUUUAGGGAUUAUUCGGUUUAAUUUUUUUUUGUUUAUUGGAAAACAACCUUAAAUUCACCCAGAGAAUAUUGUCUCUUUUAUUCAUAUUAUUUUAUCCAAAUCUUUCUUAAAAAAUAUAAUUGUUAACUCAGUCUCUUUCAAAGGCUAUUAAAGUUAACUGAAACUGUUUGACUUUAUUAAAUGUAUGGAAAAACCUGUGGGAAAUCUAAUGAAAAUGUUAAACCAGAUCAGUGGCUGAGUGAAAGCGACCAAGUUAGCGAAUACUCCAGCAGCACUUACAGAUCACUUUUAGGUAUAGAGAUCGACGAUACCUAGUCGUUUAAAAAUAAAAUGUGUCACCAAAAUAUGUCAUCAAAUUAUCAAAAAAUUACACUACACGCUGCUGUAUUCUAAUUAUGGACUGAGAGCUUGUGGUGACCAAACCUUCGUCAACAAAGCUGAAAUCUUGUCAACACGUGAUCCUAUAUAGGUAAAUAUGCUAUGCAACUAUGUAGUUUUGUUCAUGAUGGGUUUAGGAAGUAGCAUGUAUCAUUCUUGCUGCCUCCUGAACUAAAAUCGUAUUUUAUAUGUCUUCUUUGGUAUAGUAAAAAAACAUCAUGUCCCCAACCGCCGCACAUAAGAGUACCUUAAUGCUAAACAUUAUUUAGUAUCGUCUGGAGGAAUUUGCCGCAAAGUUAAUAAUUAUCUGGUGGCCAAAUUGACUUUUAUGCAUGGACUAUUGAAAGUCUCCUUUGUUAAUUGCAGCCACCCAAAGAUAGUACAAUGUUUUCUAAGUUACCCUUGUAAUUGUUUUUUUUAUUAUCAUCAUAAUUUCAUAAUAAUCAGCCGAUGGACCUCCACUGCAAGACAUAGGCCUCUUGUAAGGACUUCCAAACACUACGGUCAUAAGUCGCAUAUAUUUUUUAUAUAUUACCUUCAUUAUAUGGUCUUGAGCCGCAUGUAUUCUUCAUACAUAAACUUCAUAUUUGAUUACUGUAUAAAGUAGAGCGAGCAGGUAUACAAGAGCGUGGUCUGACAAACUUUUAGCUUUAUUUAAUGACGAAGUUCUGCCUUCCACCGGCUCUCACUCUAGUUAACGAUGAUAAUGUUAUUAAUUACGCACGUAAUAUAUGAGCUGUCGAGAUUUACAUCACAAAUUGCAGUUUAUAAUUUGAAUGUCAAUGUGAAUAAGAGAAAAUUCCGAUGUGCUAGUUAUUGAUGAUUUUGGAUGUUUCAAUUAUUUAUUAGUAGAUGUCAUAUUUUUAUAAUCAAUUAAGUUAAACGAUUUUUAAUAAAAAUUAUAAUUAUGAGUUCUUCCAUACAUAGAAACGAUAACAUGUCGUUUUUUUAUGUUAUUUUAGGGAUGUCGUUUUUAUUAUUACUAGUUUUAUUAUAAUUUUUAAUAUAUCAGAUUGUAUUUGAUUAUCCGGAUCUUUUAGUUACUUCAAUCCUCGUUAACCUAUCUAUACUAAUAUUAUAGAGGUAAAAGUUUCGAGUUUGUGAAGUUGUAGGUUUCUGAAUGUUCUGAACCGAUUUUGAAUAUUCUUUUGCUAAUAGAAAACUACAUAAAUAGUUUUUCUUCCUACAUUCAAUUGUCCGAACACAAACCAUUAAUAAUAUACCAUUAGACCGGUUAAUCUAGUCUUUUUUGUAUUUUUUAUUAUAACUGACAGUUAAUGCGUGUAUCCAUUCAAUCAUAUUAUUUCUUAAUAUAUUAUAAUAUAAAAAAUAAAAUUUAAGACGUGUAAAAAUUUAUUUUGUUACUGUUACCAUAUAUUAUAGAAAUGCUUAAAUAGCUUUCGAAUAAUACUGUAGUACAAGCUUUAAUAUUAUAAAGCAUAUCUUUUUAAAAACCAAAUAUCAAUUAUAGUAUAGGUAGUAAAUAAUACGAAAUAAACCAAAGUAUUCUAUAAAUAGUAUUAUAAUAAUUAUUAUAGUUGUUAAUUGGUAAGUAUAGACUGAGUUAAUUAUAAAUGAUAAGCGUAUUGUAAAUAAAAAGAGGCUAUUAGCGAAAUAUUUUUUGCUUAAGUUAAGGCUUGAGUUAUUUGGUCAAUAUUCUAGAAUAUAUUUGAUUACGAUAACAACAGAAUUACUUAUAGUACGAGAUCAAACAUAUGAAAUAUAUACCCUCAUCUGUUAUUUGAUUGGUAUAAGAAACAUGUGAUAGAUAAUAAUGACAUUCACACAUUGCACAUAGGUUGCCUAGAUACAUCGCGGCCGGAUACAUUAACAGAUUGUUUUUUUUUUAAUUUAUUUAACCUCCUUCCCUCAUUGGUUAGUUAACAAAAAAUAGAAUAGUUAUUAGAAUAUACCCAAAAUAUUUGAAAUAGUAAAGGUUGCCUGCUUUCAAACUGCGGGGUUGCCAGAUUUAUUUAUAUACCCUACCCUCAUCACUAAUUUAGUCGUAUAAUAAUAAUAUGUCAAAUUAAAGCUUAUUUUAUGCUUAAUUUGACAUUAUACGACUAAAUUUGGUAGGUUUGGUUUAAAAGGGUGCCUUGAUUUUGUUUAUAGUUGCCUAGAUUUUGUGUGAAAAAUGUGUUUGGCCGCAAUUUAACUAGGCAACCUAUUAGCAAUGUGUCACUGUGAACUUUAACUAUCAUUUAGGUAUUUCUUAUCACUAAUGAAUGAGGGUAUAUAUUUCUUGUACCGGAUCUUAGACCUAAAAUGAGUUGCUGCUUUAUUUCUCAUUCCGUACACUAAUAUGAUAUAGCGGAAAUUUGUUUGUUUGUUUAAAUGCGCUAAUCUCUGGAACUACCAGUAAGAUUGUAAAAUUAUUUUUGUGUAUCAUAACCAGAUUUCGAGAAGGUUCUUCUAAAGAGAGUGGGGAACCAAUACGUGUGGGAACUUUGUAUGAAAUUCCACCCUACAAAAUUCGAAGGUCAAGUGAAGGUCAAAAGAAGUAGGUAUCUGGUAGUAAAGUAAGAAAUAUCAUUUUAUUUAAUAAAGUUAGUAAUGAACAUAUCAAACAAUUAAUUUAUUAUUCAAAUUUCUUUUUGGAUAAUAAUGGUUUUUAUAAGUCCAUUAAAAUAAGAAAAAUAUUCCAGAUUGAUUUCAAUAUGUUAGAAUUUAUUAUUUACUUAUUUUAUAUUUAUAUUAAAAAAAUUGAAACUGUAAUUAAAAUUAUAAGUCAAUUUAGUUAAAUGCGGACCACUAUCGCUGAUCAGUAAAACAAUAAAAUAGUUUGU